AUGGCUUCCACAUCAACGAAGGCAGCUGCCACAAAAUCAACUCUGAAACUGAUAACGACUUUGAAGGGUCAUGGAGAGCAGAUUCGAUCCAUAUCCUACUUUCCUGACGGCCAGCGAAUGAUCAGUGGAUCUUAUGAUAAGACUGCUCGGAAAUGGGAUCUCAAAGCUGGUAAGGAGAUCGAGGAAGCACAGAGUGUUUGCGAGGAGAAGAUACGGGCAGUGGCGGUAUCAAGGGAUGGUCGAUGGAUUAUCACUGCUGGUGGAGAAUCUGGAGAAUACGACGCCGGGGAGCUGAAAGCCUGUGAGGUCGAGACAGGGAUUGUGAAAACAUUCGAAGGCCACACAUCGAGGAUCGCCAGCAUUGAUAUCUCUACGGACAACAAGCUGCUGGCGAGUGGGUCAUGGGAUUAUACAGCGCAGAUAUGGAACUUGGAGACCGGCAAACUCGUGAUUCCAUUCAAGAAUGAUGAUUGGGUGGGUGCAGUUCGCUUCUCAAUGGAUUCAAAGAAGCUUGCGAUCAAGUCAAUUGUGGGGAAGUGCCUUGAGGUCUGGGAUAUCCAAACAGCGAAAUUGGAUGUGAGGAUUGGAACAGUGCACGGUGGAGCAGGAAGCUCAUAUGCGCCAGUUUUCUGGACAAACAAAAACAAAAACAUCUUGACCUCAUUCAGCUUUACCGAUGACCCUGCCAAGACAAUCUACGUGUUGGACGCAUCGACGCUGAAGACUGUCGGAACUCCCUUCGAAGGGCACACCAACCUCAUUCGCUGUCUAACACUUUCAUUUGACGGCACUAUCAUCGUUAGCGGUUCAGACGACAACACCAUCAAGCUCUGGGCCUUUGAGUCCCGCCAACUCCUCGCUUCCUUCGACGUUCAGGACCCCCUUACCCUUGCUCUCUCACCCGACUCGCGCCAGUUAGCUUACACGACAUACAACGACAACAAUAUCCACAUAAACAAUGCUCCACCCGACGUCCUUGCUCAAGUCGGUACCAGUGCACUCAACAAGUCAAUCCUCGGCGGUGAUGUACUAAAAUCUGGUUCAACUCGUCGUCCUCCUGUCGUUCGUCGUAGACCAUCGAUACCUGUCAUACCUAUCACGCAGAGACCUCCGCCCACAAUCAACCCGCAGCAACCUAAUUUCCUUCACCUCCGAAGGAUUAUUCCCUUCUCUUUUCGCAAGAACACAGUUCCGGCUGUUCAGAAUAAUCAGACCCGGGGUCCUCUAGAUUUUCCUGCUACGUUGCCCUUACCUCCCGGUCGUCUUCAUACAGAAAGCUCUCCGUUGACUCCCUUGCCCGGUAGCAGGACCUUUUUCAAUCCCAUUCUGCGCUUAUCAGACAAGGGGAAGCAAAGGGCGCGUGAACCGAAACGGAAACCCGUACAAGUUGUCGAUGUUCCUCUCGGACAAGCAACAUAUGCCGACGCUGUUGGUGUGGACGACGGAGUGCGACCAUAUGUUCUCUUCUUUUGUCUGGCCUGGUUCCAGACAAAGGAGAAGAAGCAGGUUCCACGACCAGUCUAUGAUGACGAUCCCGAGGAAGACGAAGAGGAGGAAAAUAUUGUCAACCGAGUUGCUGUGCCCCAUCCCAGGGUUCAGUACGAAGAAAUUGAAUUGCAACCAAUGGCUAGCCAGCCACAGCCGAGGGCAGGACCAUCUCGCCUUGCGAUAGGUGAUGAACACCUAGAGGCGCAGUCCCCGUAG